ACACCUUUCUUUCUACGUUGUGCUGUCAUUUGUUUUCAUCCUCUCAUAUUUUAAAUCUCUUUUUCUUUUUUCUUUUCUAUUCAAAUUUAAUUAUUUUAUUUGAAAAAAAUACGACCACCCAUAGAAACAACACUGUAAAGCGACUUACUUCUUCUCCACAAGAUUUGAAGAGAGAGAACAGCAAAAUUAUAGAGAGAUAAAAUUAAUAAAUUUUUGAUUUUUGGGUGGAAUUUUGCAAAUUGAAAAUUUUCCCCCAAAUUUCAAAAUCCCUAAUUUUUAUGGUACUUAAUUUUAUUUUCAUCGGCUAAUUUCUUACCAAGGUUUUUGUUAAAUUUUUCCAUCGCUAUUGCUCUCAAGUCUCAUCCGCCAAUUCUUUUACAUGUGCUGAGUUGAACAUUAGGAUAUUCAUGCCUUUUUUCAGUGUCACUUUAAAGUAUGCCGUCUAAGUCUAUUUCGACAAAUCAAGCAGCUCCCAGUGCCAAUACUACUACAACUACUACUCCAACAGCAGUUUGUUCUGAACAUUGGUGGCAAGCUGCUGGACCUGGUCCAUUCCCUUCAACUGGUACAAGUGCAAAUGCUCCUAAACACCCAUUGCUAAAUCGUUCAGUUGAGAUGUCAGGAUCUAAAGAUGACCAGUCACUGUCAAAUGCGGCUGAUGAUGAAGAUGAGACCAGCAAGGACUCGGAAACUACGGGCUCCACUUCUACCCCCCGCGAUAGUACUUCUGGACACGAGCUCCAUAAAUCUCAAUAUGGCGAGUCCAGUAUGACUCUUGGAAGUGCAGAUUAUUAUGCACAACAUCCACAAUUAGAACUCAUUGGUCAUUCAAUUGCCUGUGCAUCAACUCCGUAUCCUGAUCUCUACUAUGGGGGAAUGAUGGCUGCCUAUGGACCUCAACCCUUGGUUCCUCCCCAGUUUUAUGGGAUGCAUCAACCUCGGAUGCCUUUGCCUCUAGAGAUGGCACAGGAACCUGUUUACGUUAAUGCUAAGCAGUAUCAUGGAAUCUUAAGACGGAGGCAAGUGCGUGCCAAAGCCGAGCUUGAAAGGAAACUUAUCAAAAUCAGAAAGCCAUAUUUACAUGAAUCCCGUCACCAACAUGCUUUGAGAAGGGCAAGGGGUACUGGAGGACGUUUUGCAAAGAAGGGUGAAAAUGAAGGUUCCAGCCACUCCGCAGAUGAGAGAAACAAAGGUUCAGAUGCAGGAGAGGCCCAUGAAGAACACGCUGACAUCUCAAACGGUUCUGGAGGAACCAUAGCCGGGGGAAGUCAGACUAACCAGCAAUGGGGUAAUGGCAUGUCUACUGACAAGGCUCCACAGUGUGCACUAGCAAUCUGAUGAGCUUGAGUGGGUGGACUGUCGAGAAUUCAACUACCUGGAUGGCAGAUGUACAUGUUCUAUUUCUCAUUCAUCCUUUAUGGCAGAUUGGAUCAUCUCUCGGCUUUUUUUGGCCGAGCGGCAAAUCAUUCUUGGCUGGUUUUUAGUGUGGUUGGUAGGGAGAGUAGGAUAGCAAAUUGGUGAUUCAAUGGCCUUUGUGAUAAUGGGCUUACCCUCAGGAUAAUGUACAGUCCAAUUUUUAUUUAUUUUAUUUUAUUUUAUUUUUGAUAGUUUAGAGGAUUGUAGGUUAGUGGAGGUAAAAAUGGUGAAGCUAUAUAGAUAUCACUUGGUAGUUCCUUAUGUUUCUUCAUGGCAACUUUUUCAUGUUAGUACUUCUGUUAGAUCAGUAUUUGAGAUAUACCUUGACUAGCUACGAUCUCAUAAGUUUUAAAAUGAUAGGUUUGCGACUUGUUAGGCUCAUCAUU